GAACAGGACGUUUAUGGCUAUUCCUGGCAGUCCUAUGUGGAGUGGUUUUCCAGUGCUGCCGGGCGUGUUUAUGCACUAGAUUAACCGACAACUAACAGCUCUACCUCCCUAGAGUCGACUGCUUUAUUAUUUAGAGAUGGCUGCGAGUGCCAAGAGAAAACAGGAGGAGAUACAUCUGAAGAUGCUUCGGGAGAUGACCAGCCUCCCUCCCAAUAGGAAAUGCUUUGAUUGCGACCAGCGCGGCCCGACUUACGCCAACAUGACAGUGGGUUCGUUUGUGUGUACCACCUGUUCCGGAAUACUACGAGGACUCAACCCUCCACACAGAGUGAAGUCCAUCUCAAUGACAACUUUCACCCAACAGGAAAUAGAGUUCUUACAAAAACACAGCAAUGAGGUCUGCAAACACAUCUGGCUUGGGUUGUAUGAUGAUAAGACUUCUGUGAUACCAGACUUCCGUGAACCCCAGAAAGUCAAAGAGUUUCUACAGGAGAAAUAUGAGAAGAAAAGAUGGUAUGUUCCCCCAGAGCAGGCCAAGGUGAUUGCCUCAGUUCAGGCCUCAAUAUCUGGUUCAUCUGCUAGCAGUACCAGUAGCACCCCAGAGGUUCUUCCCGCACCCAUCAAAACCCUUCAUCUCACCAAGACUCCAUCUAAUCGGUCCCCAGUGACAAGUCGUAUUCAAGCCCAGCCUGUAGGCCAGGAGAAGAAGUUUGACCUCUUGUCUGAUUUGGGUGGAGAUAUUUUUGCUGCCCCUACAACUCAAACUGCCAGCUCCUCAAACUUUGCUAAUUUUGCACAUUUUAACAGGCCAUCAGCACAAAAUAAUUCCACUACAGACUUUGCCAACUUUGAUUCCUUUGGAAACACCAGUGUACCUUCACAUUUUGGCACAUCACCCCCCUCAAAGCCUUCCAUUCAGCAACCCCCUACAGGAGGAGGCAUGUCAGUUCCUCCACUACCCGGUAUGGCUCCUGUCCCACCUCAGAGCGGUUUAUCAAGGGAAGACCGUUACGCCGCCCUGGCUGAGCUUGACAGUGCUCUCAGUUCUUCGGUCUCAGGUGGAGGUCCACAAGGAAAUGUGUUUGGAGCUGUGCCAGGAUCUGCUCAACAUCCAACUCAGCCAGGACUACCAAACAUGCAACAGGGUUUUGCAGCUGCUCCUUCCACAAACCCAUUUGUAGCUGCUGGGAUGGUUCAGGAGCCAAUGUCAACAAAUCCUUUCCAAACCAAUGGAAGAGCUUCAGCCACAGCCUCAUUUGGCACUGGUUCCAUGAGCAUGCCAGCUGGCUUUGGGAAUACAACAAGUUACUGCCUGCCAACCAGUUUUAGUGGGACUUUCCAGCAGCAAUUCCCUGGCCAAGGUCCCUUUCCCCCACCUGCAGCCUACCACCAACAGCCCAAUGGUGGUUUUCCUGCCUAUGGACAGGCCAAACCUAUGGGCGCCUAUGGUCAGGCAGUCACAGGGCCUGGGAUCUCUAGCAACCCAUUCAUGGGUGGAGGCCCAGCCGGACCGUACCCCACAGGAGGUUCCUCUACCAACCCCUUUCUCUAGAGCGCUUUUUACACCACAUCUUGGCAGCGUCAUGCACACAUUCCGCAUCACCAAUGCUCUAAAACAUUGUCUUUAAGAAUCUGAAAGUGUUCAGAUUUUGUAUUCACUGCACUGAGUCUUCGACAUUUCUAGAGAAAGAGCUAUGGGUCUGCAGAUGCUGGGCUUCCCCACCCAUCUGGACAAAUAUUGUUGGAACUGAAGCAAAACUCCAUGAUUGUCCAUUCUCAUUUAUGCCUUUGACUCAAUAAGUAAUGUUUUAUGCCUAGAAAGUAAGUUCAUCGUGCAUAUCAGCAUUUGUAAUUCUUUUAAAAAAACAUGUUAUUCACAAAGAGAACUGUGACAGAACCGUAGAACAAAAUCGUGUCUAGGGAUGCUGUGAUUAGCUGUCCAAACAACCAAGGUUGUACUUAGCACCUGCUCUAGCAGAAAUGUUUUGUUCUGUAAGGGUGAAAACACAUUGUAAGGAAUAUACACCACUAAUCGCCACAAGGAAGUAAGGAAAACAUGGUUUGGAUUUAAACCUGACACCAAUUGUAAGGGCAGAUGAUCUCCGCACAAACAGGUAUGUAGAUAAAGCAGGUGUCUACAGCACAAAAGAGUUGAUGUAAGUGGUAGAGAGCGCUUUUCUAUAAUCUGCCUUCGGGUUCUAUAGGCGCACCUUGGAAAAUGGCAGGUCUGACCUGCAGUUUUGUCCAUCAAUGGAUUAUUGACAACAUCAAAGGUACCAUUACAGGUAUAGUUAAUGUGUACAUAUAUAAAUAUAUGUAUAAAAUAUUAAAUGAUUUUU